GGCCCAGGCGCGGGCGGGGCUCGGGGCCCUGGGCAGGGCCGGGCCGGGCAUGGCGGAACGGCGGCAGCGGGCCCGGGUGCAGGGCGGCUGGGCCGGCGCCCCGGCGGGGCGGCCCGCAGCACCAAAGGCACCUGUGGCCAGCAGCCUUGCCCUUGCAAGUGCAAGGCCAGCAUGGAGACAGAAAGAUCAGCCUCACACUCAAAAGCAAUUUGUCUUUGAAAAGCCAUCAGAGGUGGAGCGCAGAGUUCCAGAGGCAGGUGUGAUAGACAAGCUUGGUGUGUAUGAGCUCAGCAAGGGACCCACUGGCAUUUCUAGGAUUCAUUUGAUUCCUGGCUUUAUUGACUCAGAACAGGCAGACUGGAUGUUUGAGCAGCUCCUCCAGGACAUCCCCUGGGCUCAGCGAACGCACGUCAGGCAGGAAGUAUCUUUUGAGGAACCACGGCUUACAUGCUGGUAUGGGGAACUUCCUUACACAUACUCCAGAAUGACAAUGCAACCAAAUCCAAAUUGGCAUCCCGUGCUGAGCCUGCUGAAGGAGCGCAUUGAGGCAUUCACUGGCCACACCUUCAACUCUCUGCUCUGCAACCUGUACCGCAGCGAGAGGGACAGCGUGGACUGGCACAGUGACAGCGAGCCAUCGCUGGGGAGAAACCCUGUCAUCGCCUCGCUCAGCCUGGGGGCCACUCGGACCUUUGAGAUGAGGAAAAAACCUUCCCCUGAAGAGGAUGGAGACUAUACUUACGUGGAAAGAUUUAGAAUCCCACUUGAUCAUGGGACUCUGUUGGUGAUGGAGGGAGCCAUCCAGGAGGACUGGCAGCAUCGAGUGCCUAAGGAAUAUCAUUCUAAAGAUGAACGAAUAAACUUGACAUUUAGGAUCAUUUAUCCAGAACCUGAUGGAGUUUGGAAGUGAAGAGCCCCUUUGGACAUUAUUGGAUGUACAGCCACAGCAGAUCUAGAGCCUUAGAUUGCUGCUGAUUCAAAGGAAGCCUUACAGAAACAGAGUUUCCUUGAAGUCAUGGGAAAAGAGUUGGUAUUAUGAAGACCUUUGACAAUCAGAAGCUGGCUGUGCUAUGUGGACAGAAAUUAUAUGUUAUUAGAUGAGACUAAAUCACAGGCUUUGAGUUUUUGAGCAGUGAUUAUUCUUAAAAGAGCACAAAGCAGGUGAAAGAUGUGAGAGGUCCCAGCUGGAGCAGACAGAUUCAGUGAGCACAUAGUUUGCACCUUGUCUUGUCUCUCCUUUACUCCCAAGUUGUGAUCUCUGUUGGAAGUAAUGACAUGAUGGGAUUCUGUGAUGUAAAGCCACCUCUGUGUGUCUGUACAGAAAUGGGAAAGCUGCACUUGGGGAUGAUCUCUGGGUAUUAGCUCAUUUCACCAAAGGGUGGUGCACUGCUUGUCAUCUGUAGGUUGCAGAGUCUUUUCCAGUUAAGCAAUCAGUUUCAUAACUUAAAUAACUACUUGAAUUAUACUGGUGUCCAGUGGAACAGAGGGUCAAGGCUCUCUUCUGCCAUGCACUCUGUGGUCAGACUUUGUCCUAACUGUUUAUCCAUGUAGACAGGACAAGGCAAAGGCAGCAACAGAGACAUCUGAUGACCGUGCUUCUGGGUCAGUGCAUUUUGCAUUCAAGAAUAUCACUCUUGAGCCUCUCUUAUCUCUUAUCUCUGCUGCCACAGAUCAGCAGUCAGCACCUCAGAGCAGAUUCCAGGCUGACUGCUGGAAUCCUUCAAGCUUGCCUGCUGCAACUCACCUGCUGCUGGGAAGCAGUGGGCUCAUCUCUGCAGUCUGGAUGUUUAGUCAGGAGUGCUGCCCAUGUGAUUAAGUUCUUUCUGCAGAUAAAUAUCAUCACUGUACAAGAUCACAUCACAGGUUUGGUCCAUCUUCACUGCCUACCUGCAGUAGGAUCUAAGCACAGGUGAAUCAUCUAUGCCUUGCAACACGUUAGCUUUGUUAAGCAAGCUAAUGUCCAUCUUCACCAUAAGAAUAAAUUGGUGUUGGGAAAAUA